UCGUCGUCCUCCUUACCAGAGCUGAGCCAUCUAUACUCAGUACUCGUCAAGUUUUAUUUUUAAAUAUUGCUGCUCGAGGCUGAUUCAAGCUCGCCUUUACGGACUCUGAAUACGACACGAUGUUUCAACCAAGGGUUCCCACCAAAUCGACAGCACAUGACGGAAUUGGAAAACGGUAUCCACGCACCACAAACGUGGAGGCAUAUGCUGGCCCCAUACGACCGCUGGCGCUCUGCGACAAAUGCAAAGAAGGGCUGCCCAACCAAGAAGCACCCAAGGUCCGAGCCCGAGCGUGGCGCGGCGUACCGUACGGCUCGACGGAAAAUUAUUUCGACGAGGAGAUUGCCAACGGGCAGUAUCGCGUGGGCGGACCCAAAUUGUGCCAAUUGCCUGCCAGAAGCGUGCGCGUCAUGGGCGAUCCUAUCGAAGUAAACGAAGAGGACUUUCUCGAUCCAGACGGCUCGAGAGCAUCGAUAAGAUUUAAGGUUGUGAAGGAGUGGAAAGGCGCGUCAUCCGCUCGUACAGAUUUCCAACAAAAGAUCCGUGGUAUCCUAUUCAAGCAUGAGGUUGACUACUGGAAAAUUGAGCUUGUGAACCGGAAAUGCACGCUUAGUGAUUCCUCGCAGAUAGGCCAUGUCUCGCCGCCGACAAUCCUUGUGCUGGCGACACGACAGCCAGGAGUCAUGGACGAUAGCUGGUACUGGGCCUGCAAAGAAAUUCGCCAGCUGUGUCGAGACCGCGGGCUGCUAUCAGGUGAAGAGGAAAAAGAAGAGGAAGAAGAAAAAGAAUCAAAAGAAGAAAACAAAGUAAUGACGGACACAGAUGCAGCAGCUGGUGCUGCAGACUCAAACAACGAGACCAAGCCCAAGCCGGGCUCUUCUGCAAAUCUACAAGCACACCCACCGCCAGGAGUAAGGCCGUGGAAAGAGACCGGUUCACUGCAUGACAUUUCCGUCGAGAUUAUCGAUCCAUCGAUAAAUAGACCAGAACAGACUCACUCGCUAAGCAGAGAGGACGAGCUACAAUUGGGAUUUAGACGGUACAACUCCGAGGGGUAUCCCCAAAUGUAUUUUCCAGAGGAAAUCGACGAGUGCCUUGACGGCAAACCGUAUUUCUGGGCAACGAUCUUGCGCAUCGGCACCGCACGUAGAGAAGGCGUCAAUACACCCACGUUCUGGAUAUAUGCCAAAGAAGGCACAGAUACCGACUGGAUGGACUGUCUGGAGAAAUUGACACAGGUAAUGGAUAAGUUGGGCAUGGGCGAAGUCGCUGUCAAGAUUACCGUCGCGGAAUGGUCGGGCUCCGAGCGAUUCAUUGAUGAUCCCUGGUCUAUAUGGAAUAUGUGGGGACCCUCACCUUCCAACUGCGUAUAUAGUUGAAGGGUUAAGCAGCUACUACGUAGUAAGACCUCAUAUUCUACUCCCUUCCCUUUCCUUUCCUUCAAACCAACCGCUUUUCAACACGUCAUAUUGGAUGAUUAUACACAGGUCAUUUAGUCUCAUAGAAGUUUGAUGCAGCAGAGAAGGAUAAGAAAAAUGAAAAUAAGAAAGAAACAGAUCAUGAGCCGCCAACGAAACGAUCCUCCGC